AAUAUCAAAAUUUACUUGUAAUAAGUAUAUUAAUUGUGUCAACGGGUCCCAAUUGCAAGCCAAAAUGGCCGAUGCUGAUGAUGGAGCCGAGUUGCUGUUCUUUGACACUUUCUCACACGAAGAAGUCACCGACAUCAACUUGGACUUAGUGCAGUUUCCGAAGCCGGUGUUUAUCACACAGGUGCGCAUAAUACCAUUGGGCGCUCGCGUCCAAGCGGAUUUCCCAGGCGGCGUUCGUCUGGGCGCCACGAAUCCCUCAAAAUUCGAUCUGGAGUUCUUUGUGAAUGAUUUGGGAAUGCCGGGUGCCUCGGCAUUUGAGAACUUGGGCCUACUGCGAUACAACCAGAACGACUGCAUCCACCUUGAUUGCUCGCAGGAAAAGAUACCAACUGAUGGUCUCGUCCUCCGGGGUUGGUAUAGCGCCAUUACCCUAGCUGUCUACGGCAUCCUCACCAACUCGGUAACGGAGCCAAUUGCUAGUCCAACGUUGCCCUGCGAGCCAGCAAUGACGGGCCCCGAGAUGUGCAAUCUCAGUGGCGACAAUGUGCACAAUGUUCUCCUGCCGGACGAAGUGCUCAAGGAUGAAUGGUCUGAGCCCAUGCCAAGUGAGGUACUGCUGGUGACGGCUGCACAUAAGGCCAAUGUUAGCGACUACGAACACGAUGACAUCGAGUAUGGCUUGUCGCGCGAUCAUUACCAUCAGCAUGCGGAUGAGGAACAGCGUGAUUUGAGGCGUUUGCGACGCUCUACGCACUCCACGGAUCAUUCGCCGCCACCUCUGCGCACGCACACGCACUCGGAGAGCAACGACAGGGAAUAUCUGCGCUGCUCACGCGACAAAGCGCAACGGGAUUGGUCGCGCUCACCAGAGUAUUCGAGCCAUCGAUCGCGUCGUAAGAGGUCGGAGCGCUCACGUUCGGAUGCCGAUGAGCACAAGUGGCCGCGUACGCCGCCCGUUUCAAUUGAUUCGCCUACACGACCUCGUUCACCCGACACCAUGGACUAUGACGAUGAUGAUACACGCUCGCACUAUAAGCUGCAGAGUUCGCACGGCUAUCGGCAUUCCUCGGAAUCAUUGCCACGUGAGCGCGAGGAAGAGGAGCGCGAGCGCGAACGAGAACGGGAGCGGGAUCGGGAGCGUUCGGAUACGCCACAAGAGCAGUUUGAGCCGAUUCUGAGCGAUGACGAGAUCAUUGGCGAUGAUUUGGAAGACGAGGAAGCGGCACUCGAUGCGGCUGCUGCGGCCGAGUACGAACGAAAUCUGGAGGCAGCUGCAGCCGCUGCACCGCCGGCAAUAGACGCCUUCGAGCCAUGGCAACGUCCGCUGUUGUUUUACGAAGGUGAUUUGUUGUCGCAUUUUGGCAAAGAGCUCGACACGCUGCGUCUGCUCUUUAAGAAGCUAUCGCUACAAAUACGCUGGGACAAUGUGAGCGCUUUCAACGAGGAGCACAGCGGCGUCACCGUCGACGAACGCGAACAGUUUGUCUACUUGGGCGAGCAGCUAAACAAUCAGCUGGGCUACCUGAUGCACCACUACAAGCGACGCAAUUUUGUGCUGCAACAGUUUUUCAAGAAUGACGAAUCGCAUCUGCGUCAAGCGGCGAACAUAUUACAAAUAGCGCUCAGCUUUCAGGCGGCUUACAUGCAACCGCAGCCAGCAUUUAAGAUACGACACAUUAAACUUGGUGCACGGAUGGCCGAGUUGCUGCUGACGAAUGAGGAGCUGUUCAAGCAUCUGAUGCAGCAUCACAAUUUUGAUCCAUUCGAAGCGGUCUUUAGCCUUUAUCAGGAGCCCUAUAUGGCGCUAUCGAUUAAACUGCAGCUGCUCAAGGCUGUCUACUCCAUGAUCGACACGAAGUUGGGCAUUCGUCACUUUUUGGGUGACAAGAUCAAGGGUUAUCAGCGAAUACUCGAGUUCCUCAAGACUGCCAAGCUAACGCGCACCAAAUACGCCCUGCAGGCCAUCGUCAAGAAACUGCAUCUCUACGAGGCGCUGGAGUGUGUGCAGAAAAACUGCACACAGCUCUUCAUCCGCAAGGUGGAACGACCUCUGGCUAAGGUCUGCCAACAGAUCGAAUUCGCCUUUGAGAUGCUCAUGGAUGCUUUGUUGGUCAAUCAGCUCAGCUUCCAGCAGCCGCGUCGCUUUCUGCCGGUCUCCAAGAAGUUCGAACUGGUCACCGAUCCAAAUGCACAGCGUAGCUUUGGCAAUGCCCUGCAAUCUUAUUUUAAGCAGCAUAGUCUGGCCGAAUCAGUGCUGCUGAUUCUGAGCAACUCGAAAGAGUUGCCAGCGACCACAUUCUUGUGCACACUGGAUCUAUUACAUGCGCUGCUUAAAUCCCAUGUGGGCAUCGAUUACUUUGUAGACGAUGCCUUUGAAGCAACGCAAGCUAUUGUCUCCAUACUGCUAGGACUGGAUGAAGUACCGACGACACCCAAGACGUUUAUAUACAAGGAACAGCAAGUUCAAACAGAGCAGACAAAUGUAUCUGUAGAAUCGUCGGACAGCUUGCAAAAGGUCGAAACGGAAGUGAAAGUAGAAGCCUCUACUGUGGUAACUCCUGGGAGUGAAAAUAUUGCAAUUGAUGUCGGUGUGCAAACGGAGCUGAUUACUGGAGUCGCACUGAUGACAUACCAGAGAGUAAUUCCUGUUCCUCGACCAGUUUUUCCGCGCUUGGCCCGACUGGGCAUUGAGUUGGCUUACAAGGUGCAGACACGUUAUCACCUGGACGCUAUUGUCUUUACGGCCGCAGCGUCCGAAUACGAUGCGAUUAAAGUGGCGACGCACAUCCAUGCGAUAUAUUCGCAGACCUGCGAUCCAAAUGGACGACAGCACACCGUUGAAGUGCUCGGAAUGAAUAACAAUCUGAAGAUAUUCAUGGACCUCAUCAAGAAGGAGCAGCGACUGCAGUCACAGCGACAGCUCAGCUCCCCGGGCACCAAAUACAAGAGUCCAGUGCUAAGCUAUGCAGUGGAUAUGGUCGAUGCAUGUGUGCGUUAUUGCGAGCAGCUCGACUAUCUUAUCGAGCACGGCUCUGUCAUUCUGGAACUGGCCAAAAAUCAUGAAACCUUCGAGCCAUCUGUCUCAGCUGUGCUGCAGGAAAUGUAUGUGUACAUGAAGCCACUGGAGGCGAUCAAUGUGUUUAUCUACGAUGACAUAUUGCCGCUGGUUGAGGUCAUUGGGCGUUCCCUGGACUAUCUGACCACCUUUCCCGGUGAUUUGAUAAUGGCAUUACGCAUAUUGCGAUACCUGGUUAUCACCAAUUCGGCACCGCCUCCGGGCGUUAAAUCGUCCAGCAAGCGUAUGGGUACCGAGGAGCUCAAGCAUCGCUUUGUCGCCCUUCAGCUGUAUGCAGCGGAUGGGGUGCAGCUAAUGAUCCAAAUACUGGAACGCUUGUGCACGUAUUUUGAACAGCCGGGAAUGCAUGCGCCCGCUUUGAUGACCAUUCAGGGUGUGCACUGCUGCCAGAUUAUGUUGCUCACGCUGCAAAUACUUCGCGAGCUGCUCACCUAUGCCAUUCGGUGUCGCGAUGGCACCUUCAAAGAUCUAACCGCCAUCGACCAUCUUGUCAAGGUAUAUUAUCUGCUCUACUAUUACCCCUCACGCUGUCAGGCUGGCGCCGAGGUGGAACAGUGCAAACUGGAGGUGGUGCAAGCGCUGUUGGCCUAUACGCAGCCGGACGAGCAGGAUGAGGAGUCGCUGCACAAGUCGCUUUGGACGCAAAUGAUACGUGAGGUUCUGAAGAACAUCGAUGGACCAGCCAAUUUUAUACCGGGUCUCAAAUUGUUGGCGGAACUGUUGCCACUGCCGCUGCCGAUGCCACAACCGUUGAGUGAACAGCUGAAGCUGCAGCACAAGCAGCGUUUGAUUACCGAACGCAAGCUUUGGUCCGCACAUCUGCAUCCACAGAGCGGACAGAUUGCCAAGCUGGUGGAAGCCUUGGCGCCAUCAAGUUUCCCACAGCUCUCCGAACUACUGCAGCGCGUGUGCAUGCAGCUAUCGGAUUUGGCUCCAAACAUGACGCUGCUUAUAGCCAAGACUAUUAUGGAGUUGCUCUGCACCGAGUAUCAAACUGCAAACUGUAUGCCCACCACUAAUCUGGAGCGUCUACUCCGUUUCUCCACGCGUCUCUGUGCUUUUGCGCCACUCAAGAGCUCCAUGCUGUCCAUAUUGUCGGGCAAGUUUUGGGAACUGUUCCAAUCGCUGUUGGCAUUGAACGAGUUCAAUGAGGUCGUCUCCAAUUGCCAGGAGGCCGUGCACCGCAUUUUGGACAGUUUUCUCGACUCGGGCCUUUCAUUAAUUUCACAUAAAUCAAUUGCACAGCCAAGCCUCAAUUUGUCAGCUGCACUGCCGCCCAAGGAGCUAUUGCCACGCGUCAUCGAUGCCGUCUUCAGUAAUCUGGCCAGUGUUGAGGUGACACACGGUAUCUCUAUAUUGGCCGUUCGCAAUCUGGUCAUUCUCACCGAGCAUGACUACACAUUUUAUCACCUGGCACAGUUGCUGAAGCAGAAGAUUAGCGAAUUCCAGGCUUGGAUGGAGCGUGUUAUACUCCACAAUGAGACAGUCGAGUUCCAUGCCAACAUUGAAUCGUUAAUUUUACUGUUGCGCUCGUUGACACAAAUCGAGCCACCGCCAGCCAUGUCCGCAAUGCCCCAGCGUACGCUUAAGUUGGGCGCCGUGGAGCUCGCUCAGCUGCUGGAGUUUCAGGAUGUUGAGCUAGAGAGGGCGCCGGUGCUCUUACGUAUACUCAAAGUGCUUGAGAAGUUCAAGGCAUUGGUCAAUGAGGCGGCACUGUUGGACUUGAAGCAGCUCAUUGCACUGCAUGCAUCCAGGCUUGAUCAGGAGACGCUCCCAGUAGCGGCUACUCAAACCGAAGAUGCUGAUCCAACUGCAACUGGCAGCACCAAUAUUGUUGGACCGCUAAGCGUUGAGCCCUAUCUGCCGCAAGCGGAGGGCAUUGUUACCCAAUACGAGGCACGUCCGAUCUUUACGCGCUUCUGUGCGACGGCUGAGAAUGCACAGCUGACGGCAAGCUACUGGCUUGAUCCGCUGCCCAUUGAGGUAAUCGAGGAUAUGGAUGAGCCGCUGUAUGAACGCAUUGCCUGUGAUUUAACGGAUUUGGCCAAUGGGUGCCUGAAUCCCGAUCUGAAUCUCACCGGCGAUUGCAAACGCGUCCUGCACUUAUCGGGCUCACCGCAAUCCAAUCGCGAAAUGACACCCACAGCGCCCUGUUUCCGCACGCGACGCGUCGAGGUGGAGCCCGCAACAGGUCGACCCGAGAAGAAAAUGUUUGUGAGUGCAGUGAGGGGACGCGGAUUUGCCAGGCCGCCACCCUCCCGUGGCGACUUGUUCCGCUCCCGGCCGCCAAACACUUCCCGACCCCCAUCGCUACAUGUGGAUGAUUUCUUGGCGCUGGAGACGUGCGGCGCCCAGCCGACAGGGCCAACGGGUUACAAUAAAAUACCCUCAAUGCUGCGCGGCUCACGAGUGGGUCGCAAUCGUGGCUCACGCAUCUCAGCAGCAGCUGCUUACAGGCAAAAGAAACUUAUGAGGAUUGGCUCACCCUCCAGCUGGUCUGAGUCUCCUGGUACGCCGUAUCGGUCCAGCAAUUCGGACUCGCACUUUAGCAAUAGCGAUUCACAUUAUACAUCGCCCCAUUACAGUGGACGACCUCGUGGGCGUGGUCUGCGAUCCCGACCGCCCUAUUUGCGUUAGAAUCAAA